AUGGAUCAGUAUUCGCCUCUCAACAGCGUGCUCAGCAGUGUUCCCUUGGAGCAGCGCAGCCGCGUUAUCCGUUCCGCACGCAAGCUCGAGCAGGUCCUCGGGACGAACGCUUUUCUCGUCGAAUCCUCUGCCUCUCGACCUCUGCAGGUCAUCCCCACACCUCCCCGCACCCUGCACCACAAGCACUCGCAGUCCCUCAACGCCAUGGACUCGAUGCCCGCGCCGGUGCCCCGCACACGCUCGCGCGGCCUGUCGCAUAACCGGCGCCGUCUCGCCUCCAUCUUUGACCUGGACGAAGAGGAGCUGCGUAAAUUGGGCAUGCAGGCGAGGAGACAACCGCAGGAUCUGCCGAAGAUCAUCGCCCAUGACCUGCCGCGAUCGUCCCUUGACAGUGCAGACUCUUCUCCUUCCACUGUCUACGAGGACGCUGCCUCUGCCAUGUUCACGCACUCAAACAACUCAUCGGUGUCUACCCUUCCCACCGACGACUCGCGUCCGGCGUCGCCCGUCAAGAUUGCGCCAGUCACUCCGACGGCCGCACCCUCGCCGAGGACGCCCAAGCGCAAGCGAAGCAUGGACGCACCUCCGCUGUUCAUUGAGGUGCAGCCAGUCGCUGUGUCUACGGACGAUGUACGCCUAGCGCUAUCUUUGACGCCCGUCACAGCUCCUGUGAACGUCGCUACUCCGACCACCCCCCGUACCCCCACCACACCAACCGCGGUUGAGCUUGCCGAGCAGCGCUCCCGCAAGCUAACGAAGAUUUCCCGCACCCUUGGCGAGAAUGUACCGCCGGAGCUCGUCUUCAGUGCCGUCACAAUCAAAAAGAACCGUCGCGUUUCGCUCUCGUCUGCCAUCGAUGUCGCUUUACCAGACUCUACGCUUCUCAGUGUGCCGCGCCUCGAAGCGCCACCAUUGGCGCGCCGACAACGCUCAAACACGGCGAGUCGACCGCACUCUCGAGCGCCGUUCGCCACUUCCGCAGCGGAGUCGGUCAGAUCUAGAUCGUCCAUCCCGCCAAUGCCCGUCUACGCGAGUGGUCCAGCCCGUGUCGCUGGCGAGACCUGGGUAGGGUCGUGGAAUCGCCCUGACAUCCAAACUGUGCAAACGGAACUUCGCGCACUCCGCCGGCGCUGA